AUGACUUUCAAAGUCUUCACUACUGAGUCGAUCGGUGCGCAGAGAAACCACAUUGCCAUAUACAUCGAAACCGAGCCAAGCGAAGACAGGGGCUGGCUGCACCAUGUCACCGGAACGAUUCUGAACGGCAUGGAUUACACACCCAGGCAAACACCCAACCCGGAGGAGCUGCCAGAACAUGUGCCGGACUCGAAGAAGCAGAUCGGGACCAUUGAGGAAGAAGACCUAGAGAGGUUCCGGGAGGAAUGCUGCCUAGCAGUUCUUCCCCCGCGGGCCCAGGUGACGCUCAAGGGAACGCGGCUGUAUCCUGAUACCCCGCUCUACCGCUGCACAGAGUGGCUGAAGGAUGUCGAGGAGAUGGCUUUCAGCAAGAGGAUCUUUAAGCCUCUGUAA